GAAACCCACCCUACCUUCUCUUUCGACACACAGAUACAUAUAUACACACACACGUUCAUCGUUACUCUUCUUCCCAAAAACAAUGGCAGCAGCAACAAUGAUGAUAGACCCAAAACCCAUACCAGAACCAGCCAUCACCGACCCAAUAAACCACGACCCGAUACCAGAUGACGAUCCUUACACCUUCCUCAAAACCCUCCAACGCCUAAUCGAGUUCAUCGAAAUCAAAGAAACUUACGUCAAAGACGAACAGUUAAACCUCAGACGCGAGCUCUUACAUGCCCAUGAAGAGAUCAAACGUAUUCAGGCUGUCCCUCUUGUUAUGGGUCACUUUUUGGGGAUGAUUGAUGGUGAUUAUGGCAUUGUGGGGUCCACUACUGGGUCAAAUUAUGUCGUUAGGAUAUCGCCUAAUGUGAAUAGGGAGAUGUUGAAACCUUCUGCUUCUGUUGCUUUACAUAGACAUAGUCAUGCUCUUGUUGAAGUCUUGCCCCCUGAUGCCGAUUCCAGUAUUUCGUUGCUUAGUCAGUCUGAGAAGCCUGAUGUUACUUAUUCUGAUAUUGGAGGCUGUGACAUUCAAAAGCAGGAAAUACGUGAAGCUGUGGAGCUACCUUUGACUAAUCCUGAAUUGUACAAACAAAUAGGAAUAAACCCUCCUCGUGGUGUUUUGCUCUAUGGUCCACCUGGAACUGGAAAAACUAUGCUUGCAAAAGCUGUGGCGAACCAUACUACUGCUGCGUUUAUUAGAGUAGUGGGCUCAGAAUUCGUUCAGAAGUAUUUGGGCGAGGGACCAAGAAUGGUACGUGAUGUCUUCCGCCUUGCCAAAGAAAACGCACCUGCAAUCAUAUUUAUUGAUGAAGUAGAUUCGAUAGCUACUGCUAGGUUUGAUGCUCAGACUGGAGCUGAUAGAGAAGUGCAGCGAAUUCUAAUGGAACUACUAAAUCAGAUGGAUGGGUUUGACCAAACGGUGAAUGUGAAGGUUAUAAUGGCAACUAACCGAGCUGAUACUUUGGAUCCUGCACUUCUUCGUCCUGGCAGGCUUGAUCGCAAAAUCGAGUUUCCUUUGCCUGAUAGACGCCAAAAGAGGCUUGUUUUUCAGGUUUGCACUGCUAAAAUGAAUCUGAGUGAUGAAGUUGACUUGGAAGAUUAUGUUUCUCGACCCGACAAGAUCAGUGCUGCUGAGAUAACAGCAGUAUGUCAAGAAGCGGGCAUGCACGCAGUACGCAAGAAUAGGUAUGUUAUUCUUCCCAAGGAUUUCGAGAAGGGUUACAGGACCAACGUAAAGAAGCCCGACACUGACUUUGAUUUCUACAAGUAAUCUAUCGAGUCAAUGGCACGCAGUUUCAAAUAGUUUUGAUCUGUGUCAAGAGACCUUUGUUUGUUACUAACAUUGGAAAUUAGUAAUCUUGUUAGAAGUUGAUGACUUGAUUCCAAAUGAUGUUUAAUUUGAAUGAAUGGGCUGGAC